GGGAGGAGCUGAACUUUCACACCGGGAAGUUUACGUUCACAUGUGGACGGUGUGUGUGUUUAACACACGUCUAAUAACACAUCAAGCAUCAUGUCAUCAAGCAAAGGGAAAGGCAAAGGGAAAAAGAGACUGAGUGAAGCAGAAGGAGACAGAUCCGCGUUAGUCUGUGAUGAACCGGAUUGUAGCGUCUCGAGCGGCGGAUUCACGGUCACGGACUCCGCAGAGCGAGCUGAAGAUAAAGCCCCUCAGCGCUGGCGUUCAUAUUUGGCUCAGAUGAGUGUGAACACCAUGAAGACUCUGAACAUCUGCAUCGGACGUCCGGUCCUGAUAUCCAGCAGCGUGGGACAGCAGCAGGUGUGUGUGGCGUGGCCAGUAUCUCAGUUUCCAGGCAGACGCGUGGGUCUUCAGUCCAGCGCUCAGUCCGCUCUGAGAGUGACGUCUGGAUCUCGGGUCACAGUGCAGCCCAUCACCGGAGCCCUUCUACAGGCCGAGCACCUGCGGCUGACGCUCAGGCCUGAAGACAAAGUGCUGAAUACAGAAGAGUUCAGGAAUUAUCUCCUGCGGACGCUGGACGGUCGGGUUCUGCUGCCGGGUGGCUCUGUGUGUGUCUCGUAUUUCGGGCGUCAGUGUGUUCUGGCUGUGGAUUCGGUGACGGGUGUCGAUGGAGAGACUCUGAGACGCUCAGACGGAGUCGCUGUCGAUCUCUCCUCACAGCUGGAGCAGCUGUCCAUCCAGCAGAGGUCACCUGACCCAUCACAUGACCCCUCACCUCUGACCCCUGACCCAUCACAUGACCCCUCACCUCUGACCCCUGACUCAUCACAUGACCCCUCACAUCUGACCCCUGACCCAUCACAUGACCCCUCACCUCUGACCCCUGAGCCAUCACAUGACCCCUCACCUCUGACCCCUGACCCGUCACAUGACCCCUCACCUCUGACCCCUGACCGAUCACAUGACCCCUCACCUCUGACCCCUGACCCAUCACAUGACCCCUCACCUCUGACCCCUGACCGAUCACAUGACCCCUCACCUCUGACCCCUGACCGAUCACAUGACCCCUCACCUCUGACCCCUGUCUCUACACCCUGUAAACUGACUGACCCGGUUCUCAGCCCGUCCGAGACGUCGGAUCGGUCCGGACGCUCAUCCACGGACACCUUCUACGCCGUCUGCAGCUCCUCCACACUGAGCGUGUGUGACCCCGGCGAGCAGGACGAGGCCGAGGAGGGGGGCGAGGGGUCAAAGGUCACGUACAGUAUGAUCGGCGGCCUCGGCGGUCAGCUGCAGGUCAUCAGGGAGACCAUCGAGCUGCCGCUCAAACACCCGGAGCUCUUCAGAAACUAUGGAAUCCCGCCUCCUCGAGGGCUGCUGCUGUAUGGGCCGCCUGGCACAGGGAAGACCAUGAUUGGACGAGCCGUAGCCAAUGAAGUGGGAGCUCACAUGAGUGUCAUCAACGGCCCCGAGAUCAUGAGCAAGUUUUAUGGAGAAACUGAAGGUAGAUUGAGGCAGAUUUUCUCACAGGCCUCACAGAGGCAGCCGGCCAUCAUCUUCAUCGAUGAGUUGGACGCUCUGUGUCCCAGGAGAGAAGGAGCUCAGAAUGAAGUGGAGAAGCGGCUCGUGGCCACUCUGCUGACGCUCAUGGACGGGAUCGGAUCUGAGGGUCACAGCGGGCAGCUGCUGGUUCUGGGAGCCACUAAUCGUCCUCAUGCUCUGGAUCCGGCGCUGCGGCGGCCCGGACGCUUCGAUAAGGAGCUGGAGAUCGGUGUUCCCGGCGCAGACGGGCGGAUGGAUAUCCUGCAGAAGCAGCUGCGCUCCAUGCCGUGUGACGUCUCCGCCGCAGAGCUCCGGGAACUAGCCGACGCGGCACAUGGAUACGUGGGAGCCGACCUCGCCGCCGUCUGCAAGGAAGCUGGUCUUCACGCGCUGAGGAGGGUUUUAGGAUCCAAGCCUGUUCUCUCUGAUGUCCAGGUGAUGAACAGUGUAAAGGUCAUGACCUCUGACCUGAGACUGGCCAUGACAGAGGUCAAACCCAGCGCGAUGAGAGAGGUGGCCAUCGACGUGCCAAAGGUUCGGUGGAGUGACAUCGGUGGGAUGGAGGAGGUGAAGCUGGCGCUGAAGCAGGCGGUCGAAUGGCCCCUGCGGCACCCCGAGGCCUUCAGCAGGUUGGGUAUAACGCCACCUAAAGGUGUCCUGCUGUACGGACCGCCGGGAUGCUCCAAAACCAUGAUCGCUAAAGCGCUAGCCAAUGAGAGCCAGCUCAACUUUCUGUCCAUCAAGGGUCCAGAGUUACUGAGUAAAUACGUGGGUGAAUCAGAGCGAGCGCUUCGAGAGGUUUUCCGGAAGGCCAGGACAGUUGCUCCGUCUAUCGUUUUCUUUGACGAGAUCGACGCUUUAGCAGCGGCACGAGGAAGUUCUGGUCACGCGGGAGGCGUCGCUGAUCGAGUGUUAGCUCAGCUGCUGACAGAGAUGGAUGGAAUCGAACAGCUAAAAGACGUCACGGUUCUUGCUGCAACCAACCGACCUGAUAUGAUUGUCUCAGGCUCUGAUGCGUCCGGGGCGUCUGGACCGCAUCAUAUUCGUCCCGCUGCCGGAUGCAGACACUCGCAGGGAGAUCUUCACGCUGCAGCUCCGGAGCAUGCCCAUCCAUCCCAGCGUGCACCUGGAGGACCUGGUGACCCGGACAGAGCGCUACUCGGGGGCAGAGAUCACAGCCGUGUGCAGAGAAGCGGCUCUACAGGCGCUGCAGGAGGACAUCACAGCCCAACAUGUGAGCGCCGGACACUUCGACAGCGCUCUGAACACCAUCAGACCCCGAAUCCCUCAGACGCUCCUGCAGACAUACACCAACUACCAGCAGAAACACGGAGGAUCACGCGUCUGACAGCAGCCAGCUGACACAGCCUUCAUAUGAUACUGUACACAUAAACAAUAAAGACACGUUUGUACUUAUUAUUGCUGUUGACUU